UGAGUGCAGAAGCACAUCAGCCACCACAAGACCAAAAUCAUUCGAAAUGGCUCGUUAGUCGUAUUUUAAAAUCAGUGGUAUACAGACGUGUGUGUUUUGCACAGUAAAGAAUCGAGUACGCAUGCGCGCGUGCUUCGCAACCAAUUCUAAAUUCACGAUCACUGUAAGACGAAACAAAAAAAUAAUAAUAAUUCGAAUCUGAAAGCCCAUAAACUUGCAUACCAAUCAUCAGAAAAACAAUCGAUUUACCAAUUGAAAAAAACGAGACGAAACAAAAAACAACACCAAAAAAACGAACGACGAAAUUCCAUUUGAUUCUUUCACUUCUUGCAUAUUUAUUGGCUCGUUGCUUUGCCGUUUUUAAAACACGAAAUCAAAAAAUUCUCUUUCUACUUUCGGUCUGAAGCGUGCGCAUCGCAAACAAAACAUUUUACAUUCGAUUUAUGUUGUGUGAGUGUAUGUGUAUGUGUUUAUUUAAUGUGCCGUAGCAUACGAAAAUUCUUUGAUCCGAUCACUAAAACUACAAUCAAUUGAGUGCAAAUGAAUUCUAUAAAUCCAUUUAUGGCAAUGUGAUAUACUUGAGCGAAAAAAAAAUACAAACAAUUUCAUAAAUAAGUUUGAACAAGAAAAAAAAACGUCAGACGAAAGAAGAAAAACGGUAGUGGAAAAGUGCUUGCGUGCCACAGUCGAUUUCGAGUGAAUUAACGGCGUAAAGGCAAUUGAUCAACGAAACGGUUCUCACUUGCAUGUUAAUUUCUACACAAUUUUGACAUUUCUCUAUAUGAAACAAAUUGAAUGCCCGUUAAAUUACCAAAGCGAAAGCUAAACAAACAAUUCAAUUGAAUCGAAAUUGAAGUCAGUCCUUUUUUUUCGAUUAUCGACUGCUUGUGUUUAAAGAUCAUCGGGAGAAAUUUUAUUUUCAGAAAGACAGGAAGACAUCGAUUGGAAUAAAGAGCACCGCACCGAAGUGAACGAAAGCAUAGCAAGCGCCAUAGCAUUAUCAUCGGCCACAUUCGAUACAAAUCGAUCCAAAAUUAAGCAACUGGAUUCCUCAAGCAUACACUGUGGCCUCAAAAUGCGCAGAAAAAAAGGCCGUUCAACGUAUUCAUUUCAAAUGAUGAUACCAAUUGAAGCGACCACCAUACUAUACUGGGCAUCAAUAGUUUCAAUCACAUUUUUUGCAUACUGUUCGUGCGAUGAUGCAGCAUUUAACACUAAACUAAGUACAAUCAGUGGCCAUGUCGAAUCAGCAACACCGGCUAUGCAGCCGAACAUUUUUACAAAUCAUUCAAUAACUAGAAAGAAAAUCUCAAAUCAUCAAAUUCAUAGCAAUCAAACGGCAUCGUCACAACGCAGUUUUCAAUCAAUAAUCAAACCAUCUGGCAACGAACUGUGGGACGGUAUUAUAAAUGAUUGUUUAUACAAGCCAUCGUUUUCAUGCUUUCAAAAGAAUAUUUAUACAUAUUUGGACAAUACCUUGAAAUUGUCGGAUGUGAAUGUGACCGAUCGAAUUCUGUUCAAGAAAAUCGACAUCGAUCCCAAUUUAUUGGCACAAUUACAAAACAACACCGAAGAGGAACGUGACAAUGAAAUUUCGGAAGAAGAAACUCGUGAAUUCAAAUCAGAAUCACCAAUCGAAGAAGUGACCGAUGCGCUGUAUGGAAAAUGGAGAAAUUUUAUGAUGACACAUAAUCUGGAAUUGAAAAUGCCCGAAGUGCUAUUCGAUGGUGCAACAUUUCGUAUAACUCCACGUGCAUUCGAUGGUGACGGUGCACUCGUUAAAUUUGAAAUGAUUCCAAAAGCUUUAGAAGAAAGAGAAUCAGAUGUUGGCCGACUUUUUGGUCUUAAGAAACAUAUUAGUAAGUUUUUAAAAAAAAAAUUCCUCAAAAACAAAAUACUAUUAUCAUUUUUGGCCAUCGUAUUGGUCAUCAAACUCAUCAAGAUAAAAAUAUUCUGGAUUUUACCGUUGAUUGUUGGUGUGACGGCAGCGAAAAAACUUCUCUUGAAAUUCGUUUUGUUCCUGUUCCCGGCACUUUCACAUCUAUUCAAAUUGUGCUCAUACUAUCACAAGAACUAUCAUGACACGAAAUACCAUCACCAUCAUCAUCAAAUCAAUCAUUUGCAUACGGUUGUACCAGCAUGGUACAAAGACUUACAUGAACGUCCACCACCACAUCAACAUCGGCCAGAAAUUAUUUACACUGCGCCGCCAAGAGGUCAUCCAGUUGAAUACAUUCAUAGUCUUCCAGCUCCACCGCCACCACACCAGCAUUAUCCAAGCGAUUGGGAACAUUCCGGACCCGGGCUUGGCUCAGAGUACAUAUCUGAUAUACAUCGGAAUAUAAAUGUGAAUCCACACUCGAAAUCGGAAACAUUCAAACCAAAAUUAGAAGACGAUGAGACUAUCAACAGUUGGGGCCUUGAGCAAGCUGUAAAACCGGUCGAAAGCACUUUAGAUACAUAUCCAGCCAAUCCGCAAUCCAGUUUAAGCCCAUUCCCGCCGCCCAGAUCGACGAUAGAAACAUCAAUCGGUCGGGCACCAUUUGUAGAUGAUUCAGUAGGAUCGCAAUCGAAAAUAUACAGCACAUAUGAACCAACUAGUCAAGUCAAAUAUUCACCCGACAAAUAUUUAAUAGCCGAAAAGAUCCAAAACGCAAUACAUCAACAGCCAGCUUAUGCUCAGAGUAUGAUAGCAAUUGAUCCAUUUUAUGGUCCGAUCGUCGCUCGAAUUGAUAGCAUAUUGAAUCAAUACAGUACAUACGUGAGUGAACAUUGCAAAGAAUGGCUCGUGUGUAAUAUGUACAAGAGCCCAGCCCAGUUUAGUCCGCACAGUAAUUUCUUGUCGGCUGAAUUGAGCAGAGAUUCAUCGGAAUUACAAAAACCGGCCACACUGAAUGCAGCUGUACUCACAUUCUACAAAUACGUAAAAGCUGCGAGAGAUGGACAAGAUCAAAAGAGUUGCUUAUCGCUAAACCCAAAGUGUACAAUGUAACAAGCAUAUGUGCACAUUUGAAUUGUGGAAUUUGAUUCAAAAACCCUAAGUUUAAUUCAAGCCUAAUUUAUUUAUUUAUUUUGUUGCAUAAUUUUAAAAAAAACUGAGAAUCUAAAUAUUAGUGCAUGUGUAGAUAGCUGUUCUUUUUUGCGAUUAGAGAGAAUGAAAGGAAUUAAUAUAAUAUAUUAAGAAUGUGUGCUUGAAUCGUUAUAAUUAAUUAAGGGUAAAUGGAUUUUUUGACCAAAGCAAAUUAAAAAAAAAUUAUCUUUUUAAAGCAUAGCCAAAUGCUAAUAAACAAAACUUAGGCCACACAUCCACAAGAAUACAGUAAUAAUUUAUUCAAAGCAUCGACUCUGAUCACAUUUUGCUUGCAAAUAGUCGCAAAUACAUGAACAAACAAACAAAAAAUUAGUACAGUAUGUUUGCAUAAGAUUAUUUAGAUGACACCUGACAUUUGCCUUUGUGAAGGUAACAUUUGUAUAAAUAAAAUGAUAAAUAAAAUAAUGAUAAUUAUAACAAAUAAUAAAAAAUAAAUGAAAGCGAAGAUUUUUCAUUUUAUACCAGAAUCACAAAUAUAAUUAAUGUUGGUUUUGAUAAAAUCAGGGAUUGUUACUCUGAUGAGGGGGAAUGCUGAGGAGGCUUUUUUAUUACAAAAAUAUCUUUUUGUGAUGUUUCUUCUCUGCGCUCUCCUCCCCCUCGCCAUUCCUUCUCCCCAGAGGAACCAUCCUUGGAUAAAAUAUGGGCUUCUGAAAAUGUAAUUAAUUGCAUAUGAGUUUCGGGCAAGUUUGAUUCAUUUUUCAUCAUAACUAUAGAUGAUGCGUUAGCAAAAACCGUUUUCAUUUGAUUAUCGCCGAAAACCUGCUUAGAAUUUAAACUCGUCUGAUAUUCUAGUUUUAAAAAAAACUCUCGCUUGUAUAGGUCAUGACAUUCUAUCUGUGAUUCAUAGAAUUCUCCAAAUUGAAAACUCAGACUAACAUUUGCAUCAAAAGUAAAUAAAAACGCAACAAUU